AUGACAUUAUCCCGAUCUGACUUUGAAGACAUCCCCAUAGGAGAAGCUAGACCAAGGGGACCCUAUACUUGUGCUAACUACAGGUCGCAGUUUCGCAAACAAUCGGUGCCUUUAUCCCAACCCAGAGAUGAUUCACCGUAUGUCAUUCAGCUUAACAAGACUCCGUCUAAUUUAACUCCAUCACAGAGACUUAAACUUCGCAAAUCAAAUAUCAAUCACUCCAUUUCACAAUUGAAAACUGACGAGACUUUAAUAAUAAACAAAGUUAAAACUAAUACCGUACCGACUAUCAUUGAUAAUAGAGACGAAGAAGUAGACGAUUCACUUUUCAAUGUUCCAUUUUCACAACAAUUAGUUGCAUUGAGUCAAAGAGAGAAACUCAUUUUUGACAACCAGCCACGUAAUUAUUCCUUCAUUAGUAAUUCCACAAGGGCAUCUUCGAUAUUUUCCAAACACAGCUACGAUGAUGAUAGUAUGUCCUCAUUAGGUAUUGAUGAUUAUGACUGCUGCAAUGCAAAGUCCCCACCUGUUCUUACAAAAGGGUUCAAUUCUAUUUCCAAGGAUGCUCAAGAGUUGACGUUAUUGUUCAAUAAGGAUGAAACUAUGCAAAUAAGUGAAGAAAGUUUUCAAAAGAGAAAGCUAUUAGCAGAGUUUGCAAAGAUGGAUAUGCCCUCCACCCCGGGACUGUUACAGUAUUCCUCCGAUCCUAAUGGCCCUGUACCUAUACCAGAUCCCGUCCAUUUCAAUAAAUAUCAUUCAUUUACUAGACCAUUAUGGUUACCUCCAAAAGCAACUCCCGAAAAGCAAAAGCACCACCGACAAUCCCAAGAUUUGAUUCAGAAUGCAAUACUAGAAGAAUCCAAAGUUCAACAUAAGAGGUUGCAAGACAUAAAGAAACUCAACAAGCAAAGAGUCAAAGAUGUCAAAGCAUGGGAAAAUUCAUUCUUGGUCAAGAAAGAUUAUCAAGAUGUCAAUUGGAACAAAUUGAAAGAUUUGUCAUGGAAAGGAAUUUCUUCCAAAAUUAGAGGAACUGUUUGGUGGAAAUUACAAUUGUUGAAGGGAAAUAAGCAAUUUGAUGAGAAAUUUUGCAGCCAUUAUUUUGAUCGGUUCAAUGAUAUCGAAGCGCAUAUUAAUAAUUUGAAUAAUAUGGUUCUGAAAUAUAGACGAAUGGGGAAUGAAUCAAAUUGUUAUUUCAGACAAGCUCAAUUGAGUAAAGAUAUAGAAAAUGAGUUAUCGAGAGUGAUAAUACCGCAUUUAUCACUUCAUGAAGCCGCACAAGUCUAUGAUUCGAUUCAAACUGAUAUACUACAUGUAUUCCCUGAUAUGAAUUACUUCCAAAAUGAACAUCAAGUUAACGAACUUACAAAGAUCGUAAUGAUUUACAUGCUUUAUUUGUAUGAAAAGGGUGAAGCUUGUAAAUUCAGUCAAUUAUAUUAUCCUGGUUUGUUACAUUUCGCAGCCAUUUUAUUGUAUAAUUUCAAAAAUCGUUUCAAGGUACUUAUAACCCUAUGUCAAUCCAUGUCAGAUAGGUUACCUAAUUUACUAUUAUCAUAUAUGUUUGGUCCAACCGAAACAAAACUGUUAAUCAAGGAUUCGUUGAAUAACUAUAUUGUGAAGAAGUUUGAACAUAUGUUCCGGGAUCGUCUUAGCCGGGUAUUUAUUCAUUUCAAAAUACACAAUAUCGACCCAUUUGAAUACUUACCAAACCUACUAUUAUCAGCAUUUAGCAAUUUAUUCAACUUUGACCUUGCCAGUCACGUUAUAGACUUGAUUUUCUUCAGUCAUGACAACGAUGAGACUAUAAUCAAGCUAAUUUUGGGAUAUAUGACAAAAACUGAAUAUAAACUAUUUGGUUCUAAACAAGAAAUACUUCAAACUUUGUUGGGAUCCUCAAUUAAGAAUAAAAACAGCGUUGUCUUCAACUAUGUCAAUGUCGGUUAUGAAAAGGAAUUUAUAGAUUUAGUUAAAGGUAUGUAA